AUGGCCCCUAUUAAAGUUGGCAUCAUCGGCCUCGGCGCCACUGGUCCUGCUCUUGGUCCCGGAGCCUGGGCUGUAGCCGCUCAUCUGGCUUCUUUCGUCCCUUCUCCUCACUAUGAGAUCGUUGCUGUCUGCAACUCUUCUGUCGAGUCUUCUCAAAGAUCCAUCGACUUCCACAAAUUGCCCUCCACCGUCAAGGCAUACGGCAACCCCGAAGACAUUGCUAAUGAUCCUAACGUCGACCUGGUGGUUGUCUCCAUCAUCGUCACAAACCACCACAAGGUGGCCAAGCCCGCUGUCCUGGCCAAGAAGCAGGUCUUUGUCGAAUGGCCUCUUGGAGCUAGCACGGCUGAAGCCGAGGAGCUGGCCAAGCUGGCCAAGGAGGCAAACCUCAAGACGAUUGUUGGUUCGCAGUUCCGCAUCGACCCUGCGCUGAUCAGGUUCAAGGAGCUCAUCGACAGUGGAGCCAUUGGCAAGGUGACGAGUACACAGGUUCAGUAUUCGCCCUUUUUUGGACAUCCCGGUACGUGGAGGGCGGAUGCCGCUUAUUACCUGGACUUUAACAGCGGUGGAAACGAGUUUCAUAUUGCAUUUGGCCACUUCUUUGAAGGCUUCCUCUACGUGCUGGGUGACUUUGCCACUGUCAAGGCAUCAUUCUCCCAGCAGUAUCCCAUCAUGAAACUCGUCAACACAAAGACUGGCGAGAUUGUUGACCCAGACUUCCACAAGACUGCCCCCGACCACAUGUUCGUCCAGGGCAUCCUCGAGAACGGCGCCAUCGCCAGCGUCAACUACAACCGCCCAGGCGAGCUCGUUGGCAAGACCCUGCGAUGGCUCGUCUCAGGCAGCGAGGGCGAGAUUGAGUUCACCGUCAAUGGCCCGCUGCAGAUGGGCCACACGGAGCGGGAAAUUCGCAUCAAGACGAGCGAGGACAAGGAGUCGCGGGUUGUUGAUUGGAAAGUGAGCAAUCCGGCGCAUGUUGAGGGCGUGCAGUUUCCGGGGCAGAACACGGCUCGUUUGUUUGAGGCUUAUGCUCAUGGCGAUAAGAGUGUUCCUGAUUUUGAGGAUGGUUUGAGACUGCAUAGGCUUUUGGACAGAAUUGCAAAGGACGCGGGAUAUGCUUGA